CCUCAAGCGAAUACUAAUAAAAGUGUUUAUAAGAAACAUUGAUUAGGUACAUGAUUUUAAAUAAAUAAUAAUCAAAUGUCUUCUUAAUUUACAACAUAUAAUACCUACUGCAAUGACUGAAAAAAGAAAAAGUCAAGAAUCUGGAGAAGAAUGGUCAAAAUAUGCAAAGUAUUAUAAUCCAAUUAAAAUAGGAUCAAUUGAUGGAACAGAUACAGAGCCUCAUGAUAAAGCUAUAAUUCGCGCCAUUAAUUCCGAAUAUAAACCGAAUAGACAUGUAAAAGGUAGACCAGAAUGUACAUUAUUUGUUGCAAGGUUAAAUCCUAAAACAUCAAAAGAUACAAUUAAGGAACAGUUUUCAAGGUUUGGACGUUUACGUAGGUUUCGUUUAGUGAAAGAUAUAGUAACAGGGAUGGCAAAGGGUUACGCAUUUGUAGAAUAUGAAUUGGAAAGUUCAGCAGAUGAAGCAUAUCGCAAAGCAAAUAAAAUGAACAUUGAUGGCCAAAUAAUUUUUGUUGAUUUUGAAUGUGAAAGGCUUCUUAAGGGAUGGAAGCCAAGAAGAUUGGGAGGGGGAUUUGGAGGUAAAAAGGAGUCCGGCCAGUUACGUUUUGGAGGAAGAGAUAGGCCAUUUAGGAAGCCAAUAGAUCUAGAGAUAAAGCAGAGACAACUUUAUCGUGAAAGAAAAAAUUGACAAUAAACGGUGAAAUAAAAUUAUAUAUGUAUAUAAAAAAAUUAUUUAAAAGAGCGUAUAUAAUCCAAGUACAUAGGUGUUAAUUAAAUAUAUUUCUAAAUAAUUAAACAAAUUUUCAUUCCUAAUUUGCCUGCCUCUAGUAAGUUUUUUGUUUUCUAUUAAUCAAAAAAAUUACAAACGACGAACACUUAACUUGAAGUUCCAAAGAAAAAUUAUAGAGGGACAGUUUGCAAGACGUUUUGGCGGUAAAUGUGAUGGUUAAUUUGGUAAAUGCAGAAAGGAUUUUAUGAGAUUUUAUAAAAUCUUAAAUUUUAAAGUAAUGUGACUGUGUUCGUGAUAAUUGACGUAUAAAUGCAAGUAUACAUUUAAUUGUGUAUUAUAAAAGUAGUAAAACCAGACAAAAGUAAAGCAAGAAUCAAAGAAUUCGAGCUGAAAAGGUUAUUAUUCAUAGGUUACUGUUACAAGAAGGUUACAGUAACCAAGUGGUAAUUUGUCUAUGGUGGUAAUUCCCAUUUAAUUUCUUUGUUUAUGUUUAUGAAUGACUCCAAUUUAUUUAUUAAUGUAACGUUUAUUAAAAAGGUAACAAGGUAAAAAUUAUGUACUAGGUAUGAAAUACAAUAAAUACUUCCACAAAAAAAGCAGAGCAAUGAUUGGGAGCGAUCAGUAAUGAUAUAAGGCAAGAAAUGACGCCCAGAGGAUUUAAGAGGAAUUCCAUAAAAUCCGAUGGUUAUAAACAAACUACAUUAGUAUCAUACUUCAGUAAUCGGAAGUUAUUAAAUCAAGAAAUUACAAGUGAAGCUGAAAAAAAUACGAGUUUGUUUACAGUUGCUUCUAAAGUUAUGAGUGAUUUAAGUAUAACUUCUGAUCAAUCUAGCACUGUCAUUACUUCAGAAAGAAAUUUAGUCAGAAAAAUCUACAGGUUAAAUCAUGUAGACAGUGUAUAUUCUCAAUCCCAAGCAGUUAUAAAUGAAAAUGAAAGUACUAAAAGCAUACAGCAGUAUGUACCUAAGUUGUAUACUCCAAUAAUUCCAUAUAAAACCUACCAAAAAGAAUAUGAAAAGUCAAAGCAAACUAUAAUAGUGGAAUCACAAGCAAUAACUCCUUCAAAACAAAAAAAUGUUAAUACCACUAGUCAGAUUUGUAAGACACCUACAAAAAUUAAAUGUGAUUCUAUUACACCAAAGAAAUUAAAACUAUCUCCCAAAAAGGAAAGAUUUUCCCCAGAACAAAAAUCAUUAAUGGAAAAUUCAGGAAUGACUCAUGUACUGAAAAAAAUAGUUGAUAAUACAUUAGCACAAUCUCGAUUUCGUGCUUUACUAGCUGCACAUGAAGAAAAACAAAUUAAAAUAUUUUUAAAUAAGAACAGUUUUUACCAGUACUUCCUUUGUAAAUUAGUAACCAGGAAGCAUGUUUGGUAUAAUAUUUUCAAGUUAGUUGAAGACUUGAAAAUGAACAUAACUGAGUCACAGAUAAGGAAAAUGUAUGAAGAACUUAAAGAGACUGGCUACAUUAAAACAGAUUAUUCAACUGAGGACCUUUCUUUUUUAUUGGAACUUUUAUCAAAAAAAGAAAUCAUUGGUAUAUGUAAAACCUUCAGAGUGCUUCACAAAGACCUUAAGAAACAAGAUUUAAUUAACAAAUUACUAAGUACUGUCAAUUGCCAUCAACCUUAUUUCACUCCCAUUAAAUCAGCUAGUCAGGUACUUAGAGAAAAUGUUAAUAAAACCAUGGGACUCUGUGUAAAGUUGCAUGAGAACUUUUAUAAUUUAUUAUACAAGUUUUAUGUUCUAUACUUUCUUACUGACUAUUCAUCAUGUUUAAAUAUAACUGAUUGGAAUUAUCUUAUGUUCCAAAUAGAACAAAAUGAAAUAAUUUACCCUAAAUUUAAUGUUGACGAGAAUGUUAUUAUUUUUACCACUAAAGAAGAAUUUGAAGAAUACAUAAAGAGUUAUGCACAUUAUCAGUCUGCCCUUAUGGCAGAUAGUAAGAAGCAAAGAGCUUUACUCUUGGAUCUUUGUAAAACUGCCGCACAGGAACUCGAUAAACUUCUAAUAAAAAAUUGUGAACAUACCAGGGAUUCAAAUGUCAGAAAGUUUUCUGCUGGGUAUGUGUAUGCUCACACAAUAUCAUCAAAUAUAGACAAUCUUUUAUGUAAAUAUCCGAAAGAUAUGUAUGAGCUUAUAACAUGUUUAUUGCGGCAGAAUUUGUACAAACAGUCAAAACGGGGUUAUUGGUAUGAAAAACUGGCAUGGAUAGAGUGGAAGUAUUUAAAAAAUCAUGAACAGGCUGUUCAUACCCUGACAAAGGCUCUAAUGGACAAAACAAUUAAUGAAGUUGCAAAACACAAUUUGUCUCAGCUGGGUAGAAAAUUCAAGGAAAUGAAAAAUGUAAAUUUACUGAAUUCUACUCGUGAUGAGAUUUGUUUAAAUGUUAUUGAUCCUCCUGAUCAUGUUCCAUUUAAAGAAGUUGUGAUUAAUGCUGUCACUGAUAGGGAAAAUACGUCUGGAAAAAA